UCCUCUCUCUCUCUCUCGCUGUGUGUGAAUGUUGUUCUCCGUAUGCUAGCUUUGGCGUUGUGGUCUGUAAGAGUUGGCCAUGGAGGGCAUAUUCAAAAGAAACUUAUCAAUCGAAAGCAACAGGCCGUUGCCGCCAAUAAUCAUGGAAAAGAAGCUAGCAGAGAAUCGGCGACAGACUCAGCACAGUAAUAGUAGGCCUGAAAAUGUCCCAGACCUCACUGAUUUCAUGAACGAUAUGUUCCUAUACGGGACUAUAAAUGCCAGCGAAAAGGCCUAUAAUCUAACAGGAGGAGGAGGUUCCGCGGUCGACGAUGGUGAGGAUUCUGAUGAUAGCACAAGGAGUAGCGGUAACAAUAAUAGUAACAACAGUAGUAGGUUAACUCAAGAAUGGCUACAGGAAGCCAAGCGCAUGGUGGCAUCAUCGCCUUCUCGGAGUGAUUCUCCCUCUAGACUUGUCGGAUCUCCCAGGUUUGCCUCCUCGUCCCAGCCCAGAUCAUCGCUGUCCAUGCCUGAUCGCAGAGAUCCACUUUCUAGGUCUGCUCGCAGACACAGAGCAGUGGAAAGCUUCAGCGGAGAAAUCCUAACGAAAUCAGCAAAGCACAACCGCAACAAAUCGGAAACCUUGGACCAACCACCUUCUGCCGCCGAUAUCUCCCCUGCUUCAGCGGUCCACAAAUGGUUCUCCAACAUCCUCAAAUCCCCUAAUACCGUCCAUUCCUCAUCAUCACCACUCUCCCAACCCAACAACGACACUACCGCCCAAAAUCCGACGGCUCCACCACUUCCACCGCGACAAUUAACCCCCCGCAAGUCCCGCUUCCAGAAGAACACCAACCCCCCCAAUGCCACCCAACAGCAGCCACAGGGGAUCCCAUCCCACCUUUCCAAACGAACCUUCAAAACCACCACCACUGCCGACACUCCGCCGGAAACCCAGUUGUUGUCUCCGCCGAAGAACCUCAUUGAAUCGGCUCAUCGGAGAUCGAUUUCCUCCUCCACCUGCUUAUUGUCAGAUGGUCUAAUCCUGUCGCCUCCCAAGAACUUGGUGGAGUCUGCUCACCGAAGGUCGAUCUCGUCGUCCACGUGUAUCGCGGACAAGAUUUCAUGGAAGCCUAGCGUAACUGAAGAGCUGAAGGAGCAUGAGGUGGUCGACCAAGCCGGAAACCUUAAUGGGUUUCUGAAAGAACAAGGGAUCAAGAUUGGGAAAAUUUUGAAUGGAGAGAUCGAUGGGAAGGCCAAAAUUGUGCUAUCUGGACCUUCCAACAGUACGAGUUCAAUGGUGGCAGCAAUUUGCUAUGCGUGGCUAUUGGAUAAUAGAAUGAGGACUAAUAAGGAGGGAGUUGAGGGAGAUAGCGGCCCAACAGCAGUGGUGGCGCCAGUGAUGAAUAUGAGGAGGGGGAAAAUGUGGAAGCAGCAACAGGUGGCUUGGCUUUUUCACCAUGUCGGACUUGAUGCCACUUCAUUGCUCUUUUCUGAUGAGGUGGAUUUGGAAACACUAAUGAUGGCUAAGCAGCUGAGCAUCCUUGUUGUUGGGCAAGAUAUCCUCAAAACAAAUGGCGAGGUUGGAUCUCAGUGCACCAUUCUUACAGACAAUUAUUGUGAAGAUGCUUAUGACAUACUUCAGACCCCAAUCCUGAAAAAACUUCUGCUUGCAGGUAUUUUACUUGACACACAAAAUUUGAACACGUCUGAUAAAUUGUCUAUGACUAGAGAUGCAGAAGCGAUCCAGUUGUUGUCAGUUGGCUCUGCCCCCAAUUAUCGAAAUGAACUUUAUGAUCAAUUGAUGCAAGAUCAAAGAGAUGUUUCUUUCUUUGAAGCUUUGCAGCACAACUAUGGGAAACCUCCUAAUGAGGGUGGUCGUGAUUGUAUAUCACCAAUGGAGCACAAGAUUCAAGAGAAAAAGUCUAACCGUGCAAAAAAUUCAGAUAAAAAUUCUAAUGAUGUCAAAAGUACAAGAACUAUGUUAUCACCGAACUCAGCAGCUAAACCUAAUGCUCCUACAACGGCAACAAUGCAAGCAGCUGAGGCCCCUCGUGGAAAGAAUAAAUUCUUCCUGGCAAAGUGGUUCGGUUUUGGUCCAAAAUGAUGACUAAUCUGAUACUAGGAAUGCUAAAUAUUUCUGACCAAUGGAUAUAUAAUAAGUCUUCAAAGAUGGAAGAAGGUUUCUGGGAUGCUUGUGGAGCUCUACAAUAUGGUAAUCCACAUUGUUAAUGUCGUUAGAUGUUUUGAAAGAGAAGUCGUUGUGCUUAUAUUCAUAUUAUAUUAUUAAUUUUGUGUCAAAUAAUAAUGGUGAGAAUUGAGUAUGCCAUUAAUGAAACGAUGACAAAUAUUGGAACUUGUUGUAUCAUGGCACCAUUCAUUUUGCUAGUGUUCAACAAAAUGUCAUCAUCCCCUCAUUCAUAGAAGGAAAACCUUACAAUUCUUUUAGAAAUUAUGUACAACGGUAUUCUUA